GGUCUCGUGGAAGUUUUCGACUAUUCAAAACAUCUCUCUCUCCAAAAACGUGAGUCAGUCGUUUCUCUGACUCAUGCUCACGGCCAUGAUUUUCUUUUACUACAAAAUCCGCACAACAAAGCUGGCAUCAAAUACAAGUUGCCCGUCCGUGGACAGCUAUGCAAGUUGUGUCUGCAUCAUAUCAAGAAUAUAAAUCGCUUUAUUUUUUACGAUAUACACAGAGGUACCGAACUUUUAGUUUUUCCCUUUCAGCAGAAAAUGUGGAGCAAGUAUUUUUUGGAGUCUUACGCAAAAGACAGCUUACCAUUAGGUUGAGGGAACCACCUCAUGAAGUGAGAAUAACUAAUAAUGUGAUUUUUAUUCAAAGCUUUGGAAAUCUUGUGAAGUUUCUAAGCAAACCAGUAGGUCCAUCAGAAACUGUAAAAGAGUCAAGCAGUCAGAAACAGUUGGAAGAUUUCAGAAAUAAGAAACAGUUGGAAGAUUUCAAAAAUAUGCCUCAGAACCUGAAAGUGCUUAAGCUCCACCACAUUGAAAUGGAUUAUCUUCCAGAUGAAAUUGCAGGACUUCAGCAACUUACUCACCUUGAAGUUGUAAACAGCAACCUGGUUGAAAUUCCAGCAUUUGUUGGCACUCUUCCCUUGACUGUGUUAAACCUCUCACGCAACAGAUUAGGUAUUAAAAGUAAUUGGGACUUCCUUGCAAGCCCUCUUCUGAAAGAGAACUUAAGACUACUUGAUUUACAGAACAAUAUGAUUCAGACUGUGCCCAAUGAAGUAGUGAAACUUAAUGGACUUUGGGGCUUACAUUUGGAUUAUAAUCUUUUACUUUCCAUUCCAAAUGGUGUUUUGGAAAUGAGGAAUUUACGAGUUCUCUCAGUAUCCAACAACAGGAUGCGAAUAUUUCCGUACAAUCUUUUUCCUCAUGCCACUUUCUCCCUGAGUUUGUCAAACAAUCCAUUCAUUGCACAGUAUUUUGUGGUAUCGGAAACACCUCAGAAUCAAGAAGCACUAACUCUGAAAGAAUUAGCCAGCCGGGUUGUAAUUGACUACAGAGUGCCUGUAUCAUGGCGCACUCUACCAAAUUCUGUUGUGGAGUACUUGCAGAGGGCACGGAAGUGUGAUGUUUGCACUGGUGCAUAUUUUGAAAAUUUUAUUCCUUGCUGCUUCAUAUCAUAUUCCAGGAUUUAUGCUGAGAUUGUUCCAGAAAGAGAAUACUUAAAUAGUGUAACUGAUGUAAGAAAUGUGUGUUCAAGGAGGUGUAUGCACCCAGAGUUGAAGUUUUGUGAGGUACUCAAUCAUUUAACACCCGAUGAGUAUGAGAAUGUGGUGCGACAUAUCUGUUGAGCUAUAUUUACGGUUUCAGGGGUGUGUAUGAAGGGGGGAGAAGUGGGGACUGCUUGUGUACCACCAGAGUUUUAAAGUAACAGUAAAAGCUACAGCUUGUAACAUGGUUUCUGCACUUACAUUUAUGUCUACCAUAACAAAAAUAAGCAGCAAAAAUUUGUAAUAUACAAAGUUCUGUGUAUUAUAUGCUACCCUAAUGUAAUUUAACUGUAUUGCAUCUGUGUAUCAGAAUUAAGUCAGACUCUCAACAGACAACACUGAUAUCCUGUUUGAAAUUGAGAACCAGUACUCUGGUGGGAAUCCCAGUAUGGUGGAAACAAAGGAGGGGUCCUGUUUUCUGUUUAAAUGUGAUCUGCUGUUACUAAUGGCUUUUUAUACAUGAUGUAUCACAGUAUGUGUAGGUUACCUUUGUAUUGUCGGUAGCUGCUUAAACAAAAUACGAAACCAUUUCCUUGGUUAAGGUCUUUGGAUUUGAUAUUACAAUGUACAACUUCUUAUUGCAUUCCAUACACUUAUGUAUUGCAUUCUGUGGUUUCAUUAUAACGAGAAAAAGUACAGCUGUUUAUAUUUUGACAGUCUAGCUUCUGGCACAAUAAUCAUUAUAUAACUUAACUAUAUGUGUCAUACUUUGUGAUGACAAGGAGUUACAAUUUCAGCUGUUGGAGCUGACUAGGAUCAGAUCUGUUCAGUAAUUGCAUUAAGAAGUUAUGACAGGUGCUCAGAAUGCUUCACUUCAGAUACAGAGGAAAUCAUACAAAAUGCAAUACACACAAGUUAAUUUGAAUUUUUUUCCGUCUGGUUCAAAAUGGAGCUGUAUUUUCAGAACCAAGAAAAUAAGAAUGACAAACAUUGCUCCUUAAAAUGUGUUGUUGGUUUUGCCGGAAUUGUAAAAUCUUUCAGAUUUACUUAUGAGAAAAGGAAUUACAUAGUUCCUCUGUUUGGUAGUUGCAGGAAUGUAAGAAGUGCAUUAGUAGUUGGGAAAAGAAUUCACACUGAAAAAUUAAAAACUGUUUCAUGUUUCCUGUUUAAAAUACCAAACUCAUGUGAUGUUUAAGCUGAGUUGAGGUAAAAUACUGACUCCUAAAGUGCCCCACAGUUCUUAGAAUACAGAAGUAUACAGUAAUUUCUGUUUCUUUCAAGGAUGGCAUUAAGACAGAAAUCACAUAUUGGUAUUUCAAUUUUUUUUAAAUCUGGAACAUUAAAUGUUAGAAUGUAAAGAUGUUUCUUGAUGUCAGAUAUAGCAGUUAGACCUAUCUUGUCUGGGCACACAGACUCUAGAUUAGAUCUCCUAUUGCAGGCUCAGCUAGUCAGCUGAUAAUCAGAAUGUAGGGCACCGGUUAGUAAGGUAAUGUAGUAUUUACAUCAGCUAGUCAGCUUAUAUGUAGAAUGUAGGACACCGGUUAGUAAAGCAACAUAGUAUUUAUAUCAGUUAGUCAACUUAUAAGUAGAAAGUAGGGCACCAGUUAGUAAAGCAGUGUAGUAUUUACAUCAGCUAGUCAGCUUAUAAGUAGAAUGCAGUGCAAUGAUUAGUGAAGCAGUGUAGUAUUUACAUCAACUAGUCAGCUUAUAAGCAGAAUGUAGGGCCCUGGUUAGUAAAGCAAUUUAGUAUUUACAUUAUCACUGUGUCAGUGACAAUUAUGCUUUUUUAAUGUACACUGGUGACUACUUUUUUUAUUUCUGUUUAAUAAUUCCUCAGCUUGUAUGUUCUUUGGCAACAUAGUCGACCACCAAGUCCUUAACCAGAUUACUCGGGAAUUCUCGUCUUGUUACUUUCAUGCGUGAGAUCAGCUGGUAAACGGCAUACAAAUUCAGAACAGACACAUUAACGAAUGGAAAAAAACCUACAGAUGCUGACCUUGUUCUUCUGGCCAAUACUGUAAUUGCCGUGUAAUGCAAUGUAAGUGCCAGACUGUUCAACAAAUGGCAUAAUGUGUGUAUUAGUGUACAUAACAGUGCCAUCCAUUCAUUUCUUAUCAAAAUAAAGGGAAAGAAUUGCAUUGGUGUCUUCGUUUUUUGGUCAGCUCUAAAAUGUCCAACUUCCAAGAAAUGAUGUAGCAGAUUUUUGGUCUUCUCCAAUUUUUAAACUGGUUUUAUGUGUAAUUUGAUUUGCUCACUGUUACUUCUUCAUUGGUAUAUCUAUCUUAUAACAGGUACCAGCCAGAUGCUCUACACUUUCCGUUGCCCCAUGCUUCAUCCUUCAUCUGCCUUUUAAUGUUAUCCAGCAUUCAAAGUCUUCUUCUCCCUCUCACUCCCUUUCUUGCAAUCUUUCAUUCUGUGAGACUUGGCUGUUGGCAAUUUCUUCCCAGGCAAGAUUUUUUCCUCAGUCUUAUCAUUUCCACUGGUUUUCUUACCCUUCCUAUUCUUAGAAAUACUUCCUCAUUUGCCAAAUUGUCAGUCCAUGCAUCACCAUGUGCAUGUCAUGUACAGUAUUGAUUCAGAGGACAAUAAAUAAAUAAAUUUGUUUAACAUUUUUCUCCACAGCUGCAUUUCAGAACUAUCCAGGUAAAUUUCCGCUUUCAUUUUGACUGCACAUGAUUCACUGCCAUAUGAUACGACCCUCCAGACUUGGCAAGUCUCUUUUUUAAUUUUAUCAGAAUGUUUUUUGGAGUCAGUGAAACUUUCACCUUUACAAAAUCUUAUUUUACUCAUAGAUAUUCUGCUUCUUAUUUCCUGCACAGAGCUUUCAUUUUAAGCCAAAAAACAUUUUAGGUAUCCAAAAGAUUUUAAUUGGUCCAAAGUCUUUUGUUCCAAUCAUAUUUUGACAGAACCUACGUUAGCAGAUUCUCAUCACUGUGGUCUUUCUUGUAUUAAUCCUCAUUCCAUACUCUUUUUCUCUCAUUUACAAUCCUCUACAUCAUAAAUUAUAGUUCUUCCUCUGUUUCAGCUGACACUGCUUGAUCAUCUGCAUAUUUAAAUUGCCUUUGUUCUCCUCUUGCUCCUCUUAUUAUGCCUCUUGCUUUUUUUCUAAUAGUCUGUUUAUUUCUCUGUAUAAAUAUUGAAAAGAGUUGGUGACAAAAACCACCUUGUCUAACACAUCUUCUGAUAUCAGCCCAGCCUUGUUUGUUUCCUCAUAGCCAGUCCUUUGUACCAGUUUCGGUAUUGUAUAUAGUCCUGUAUGAGUCUCCUGUUCUUUUAGUCUACACAACAUCUUCUAAGGUAUUCACGAGGAUACUCCAAUCAGCCCUAUCAAAUACCUUUUGCCAGCCAACAGAAAUAAUGUACUUAUCUGUGUUAACUUCUAGCAUUCUUUGCUGUAACAUCCCCAAACAUCUAAUAGCAUCUCGUGGUCCUUUUUCUUUCCUAAAUCCAAGCUAAUCCUUCCCCCAUGUUUUCUUCAACUUUUCUUUCUAAUCUUUUGAGUAAAAAGCUACACAAGGCCUUCCAAAUGUACAGUAUGAAAUUAACUGCCCUGUAAUAUUUGCAUUCAUUGGUAUUGUUUCUUUGGUAAAAGUAUAAGAAAAUUUUUAAGAAUAUAUUCAGGCCAAAUGUCCUCUAUAUCCUAUUGAUGAGUUUGCUAAGAUUCAUAUUACUCUAUAUCUCAAGGCCUUUAGAGCUUCAGCUAGUAUUUUAUCACAACCUAUUGCUUUAAUCUUUCUGAGAGUCUUAAUAGCCUUCUCCAUUUCACAUGUUAAUGUGGUGGUGUAUGGUCCGUUUUGUCACAUUCCUAUUCACACUCCAAUCUUCAUUUUGUAUGAUCUCACACAGAGACUAUUUGUCUUCAGUUUGCAGCAGCAGCUCUGCCAUAAUUCCUUUAUUGGUGAGGAACUUUGACAAUUUCUGAAAAGACAUGAGAAACAACAUUGGAACCUUUGUUGCAUACAGUGAACACUUAACAAGACAUGUAAUAGUCAGAAUAGUGAUAGUGGUGAAUUUACUUGUAUGUUGAAAAAAAUGAAACAUAUAGUAUAAUAACGCUAUAUGCUCACUUUUUAUCAAAACACUGAAGUACUGAGCAACAUGAGUGAUUGCGUCAGGUCAUUUUGCUGAAAUAAGGAGCAAGACAGGUGGUCAUGUCAGUUCAAAAUGCGCCAUAGAAGGAAAUAAUGAGGCUGACAAUGGUUUUAAAUACAGAGCAUACAGGCUGAAACCAGAGAAUUUUACAUGGGAUCAGCUGCAUUUGUGCUUCACUUCAUGAGAAAGAUCAGCAGCAGAAGAAACACACUUGUCAUGUUGAUCCAAUGUGAGCUGUUAAGGGUCAGUUAUACAGGGUGAACUAGAACUCCAUCGACAAACUUUGAGGCGGUAGUAUGGAUCAAAACAAGAAAAAAACUUCCAGUGAACAUGAACUCUAAAGCACAUAACUUAAGAGAUAUGACCACUUACUCAGCAGAAGAGGUGUGUUUCAAAGUAGCAAAAAUGCAUAAGUGCCCAUAGCUCAUGAGGUAUGUACUUCAGAGUCCAUAUUUACAGGAUUUUUUUGUCCAUACUACCACCUACACAAGUUUGUUGUUGGAAUUGCUUUUCUCUUUGUAUAAAUUUGCUGACAAUGAUGGUUGAGAGCUUGGUUCCAAUUAGGUCAGCCAUUCAGGAGGAAAAAAGUUGUUUUAGUACAGAAUACUGUGUUGGUUGUAUUGGCAUCAGUGUUUUGCGGAGCACAUAAUCAUCUGCAGUUUUGCGGGUAAAGAGAAAAAAUUGUCUGCAAGCUAGUUGGACAUCAUGAAAGUUGGAGUUUUUCUUGCUGUUUCCUUGAUAAUGUACUUGGGUACCUUUGAUUUUGUGAAAGAGAUCUAUUGUUUGGACCUUUCUUUCUGUAGCUAUAAUAAUUAAAAACUGAAAAGAUGUGUUUAAAAAUGCACAUCUUUUUCUUGUGCAGCUGGCAACAUGACUCUUAUUAUUGAAGAUAAUUUAAUGUAUUGUUAAACACACAUAAUUUUACUUUUGUGUAUGUCCCUUUUCUGUGUGGCAUUUCAUAGGGUUACCAAAUGCAAGUUUAGGGAGACUCUUUAAUGAAUUUUGUGUAAUGAAAUAAUGUGGCAAAUAUGCUCUUUUGUGUAUUUGAUUUACACUUAUUCAUAAUAUUUUUCCAAAAAUAUUUUGAGACUGAAACAUAAAAUGUACUAUGAGUACCUAUAAACUCAAUUAAUAAAUUUUAUUUUUCAUUACUUACAUUAUAAUUUCUUGGUGCUUUGUUGUGUAAUAAUGUAUUCUUGUAUGUC